AUGUCGGAAAGAAAAGACAAGUGGGUUCGCCGGUUUACAGUGGAUGAAACCUCAAAAUACAAAAAUGGCUUUACUAUUUACAAGAUUACUUCUGUUUUAUUCCCCAUCGAAUCCCCAGAGGCGGUGACAGUGGUGUCGGUGUGGAAACGAUACAGCGACGUGCAGCGGCUGCAUAAGAGCAUGCGAGCUCUGCACGCCGGUCUACAUUUGAAGGGCGUCUUCCCGCCGUUGACCAGGCAUAGUUACUUCAAGCGGUUUCAAAAAGAGGUGGUGGAGGAGCGAGCCAGAUGCAUCAAGAGUCUACUGGAGUUCGUGGCCGAGCACAGACUGCUGUUCACGAGCACUGACUUCGUUAAUUUCCUGCAGACUGGCUACCCAGAACCCGAGGGUCAGUCGGGUGGAAUCAUCAACGCUAUAAGGACGUCGCUCCACCUGCCUAUUGAGGAGACUCCGCCCCUCGAGUACCAGACUGAUGAUGACGACUCGAGGAGCCCUAUACACACAGCACGCUCCCAGAGCACAGACAAUCAGCAACUGACCACAGACGAAACAGACUUCAUAUCCCAAAUACCCAUUUAUGAAGCCGCAGAAGUUGAGAUACGACAGUCGCCAAAAGACGACAAACUAUCCAACGCCAACAGUUUCGAGUCCUUAAACUCUUUGGACAGCAUAAACAGUGACCUUUUCGACGAAUUAAACAAAGUCGCCGUAGAUAAACACAAGCCGAGCGUGAAAAGAAAACCUGUGUUGCCAGACUUGAUUAACUUCGACGCGCCUUCCACUUCGAGGUUCGAUGACUACCACACUAUGUCGAGAAGUGGCAACAUUCAUUCUGAUACUACAUCUUUAACUUCCAAUUUGUACGAAUCAAGUAGUUCAGUCUACGAUAUGGAAAGAAGGAGCAGUUCUCGCGUCUCUCUUUAUAGUAAACAAAGCGUGAUGUCUCUUUCCAACGUGGAGAAUAAGACGAAGACGGAAGAUAGUUACGUAUUUGAAGCUGGCUACAUGUUGAAUUUGGCUGCGAGAUGCGAAGAUAUGGGCGACUAUCAAAGAGCAUUCGAUUGCUACAAAUCUGGUAUUGAGAAGAUGCUUAUUGGAGUACAAAGUGACACAGACCCACAGCGGCGUGCACUGAUCAAAGAGAAAACCAACAAAUAUCUUUCAUAUGCUGAGACUAUAUAUAAGAAUCACCUGAGCGACACUGAAAGAAGCUUACUGCCAGAGACAGAGCGAGACGACACCAGAUCCCGUCAUAUCCAUUGUUCUAUACCUCUAUCGAUGCUGCAGAGACCUUAUGAAGAAUUAUCACAAUACAGAGUUUUGGCUGUUCUAAGCUCUAGUAUAAUGCUGGUUUUACAUAAGGGGGAGCAAGCUUGUUAUGCUAUGAAGGUAGUUCAGAAAGUGCCUCAUAAUCUAACCGAAUUCGAUGAAUACUUCUUGCGUCGAACAAACGACACAAGAGAACCAAUAUUACCUACAGCUGUACCUUAUAUGGUGCCUUUACAUGCAUAUAUUGAAACAAAUAACCUAAUAUUCUUAAUACUAUCAUACGCUCCGGGAGAAAAAUUAUUAGACUACAUAAGAAACUAUGUAAAAUCAACACCGAACACACCAGCCAGAGAAGUCAAUUUAGAAAAUGUCUUUGCAGAACCCAAAACCAAAAAUAUUGACAGUGAAAAUGACAAUAUUGAUAGUGCUAAAGUGAUCAAUAGUGAUGAAUUAGUGAAUAACAACCAAAGUGAUAAGACUGAUACAUUGGACAAUGUAGAUGUUAGUGUUAACGAAUUAGUGAUUAACUCGCAGAAACUGUUGAUGAAUGUCGACAGAGCUCUGAAUGAAACAAAGACUGAAAUAUGUGCGAUGAAGGAAGUCGAAGAUAAGAAAGUUGACUCUAUUAGGAUAGAGGGAACACCGGUUUUGAAUAGGCCCCGUAUGGCGCUGCCAGGGACGGCAGUGUGUGGUUGGGCGGCGCAAAUAUUGCUAGCACUGCAUUCAUUACACACUUGCGGCGUUGUAUGCAGGGACCUCAAUCCAUCUAACAUCCUUCUAAGUGACGGUGGUCAGAUAAUCUUAACCUACUUCAUAAGCUACCCUUCACCGGACAUGGUGAUGAGCAAAAUACGAGUUAAACCGGGGCGUAUCAACUUGUACGUGGCCCCAGAACUAUAUCUGUGUGGAAUAGAAGAUAAAGAUCCUACUUUAGACCACGUUUGUGAUUAUUGGAGUUAUGGUGCUGUAUUGUACGAAUUGCUGUGUGGAAUGCCCCUCUCUUAUUACCACAGAAGCGUUUUCACCUCCCACACUAUCCUGCAUCUGCCCGAAGGGUUGCCCGUCGAAGCGGAAUCUCUACUCACUCAGUUAUUAACUUACGACCCUUCUGAACGGCUCGGCGCCGGCAAAGACGGCAUCGAGGAGAUAAAACAACAUCCUUACUUCAAGAACAUUGAUUGGCGACAAGUAUACGAGAGCUGGGUCAUGCCCGAUUGA